ACGAAAAUAGAAAAGCAGACGACUUUGUUCUCCCAAAUCUGCCUUCUCUGAGCUCCAACAACACCCGAUCCCUCUCUCGGACUCAGAUCGUCGCCGGCCCUCCGACUCCGAUUGCCUCGAUUUCCGAUCCGUAGAGAUGAGUGAGGUCUUCGAAGGCUACGAGCGUCAGUACUGUGAGCUCUCCGCCAACCUCUCCCGGAAAUGCAACGCCGCCGCUCAUCUUCCCGAUGAAGGGCAGAAGCAGCUGAGGUUUACUGAGAUCAAAGCUGGAUUGGAUGAUGCUGAUGGUCUGAUUAGGAAAAUGGACCUGGAAGUGAGAACCUUGCAGCCCGGGGCAAGGGCGGCACUGCUUGCUAAGUUGAGGGAGUACAAAUCUGAUCUCAAUAAGCUGAAGAGGGAGAUCAAAAGAAUUACAUCACCUAAUGCUAAUGAGAUAGCUCGAGACGAGCUUUUGGAGUCUGGAAUGGCCGAUAUGCAUGCGGUCUCUUCGGAUCAAAGAGAGAGAGCCACAAUGUCAGUUGAGAGAUUAAAUCAAUCAAGUGACAGAAUUGUUGAGAGUAGGAGAACCAUAAUGGAGACUGAAGAGCUUGGUGUCUCCAUUCUCCAAGAUUUGCAUCAACAGCGUGAAACUCUCCUACAUUCUCAUAAGAAACUUCACACGGUAGAUGACGCCAUCGACAAGAGUAAAAAAGUUUUAACAUCCAUGUCGCGGAGGAUGACCAAGCAUAAGUGGAUUGUCGGCUCAGUUAUUGCUGCCCUUGGUGUUGCAAUCGUAAUCGUUCUAUAUUUUAAGUUUUCUCAUUAAUGGACUACCCUCCACGGUACAGGUUAUACAUCUCCUUUAUUUGUAUGUAUGCUUGUUGUUCAGCGAAUUAUGCAUGUGUGAAUAAAAAAUUAUUGCAUAUUUCCCAUCUCUAUAUAUCCUAUUCAUUGUAUUCGGUAUAUUUAUGCAC